UCAAAUUUCAGCCGAUUAGGGAUUUCUCUGGAAUACUAUUUCAGCAUCCGUUUAAUAUUUUUAUUUUAUAAAAUAAUAUUCUUUAUUUCAGAUCUUCCAUUUGGCCAUCGUAUGCGUUUCCCUUCUUAUUUUCGUGUUUAUAAUUCCAUCAUAUAUUUUCACUGCAAUUGAAAAUGAUUGGAUUUUUCUUGACGCUUUUUUCUAUUGCUUUAUAUCACUGACAACAAUUGGAUUAGUUUAUUUAUUAUUUGGAUUGGCAUGUAUGAUGCUUUUCAUUGCAACACUUUAUGAUGUUCCACAAUUCAAUUUAACCCGUUUCUUCUUAAUGAAGGAAAACGGAUAUGCUGAGCCAUAUACAGAGGAAUCGAAGAAGAUCACCAUCGUUAAUCCCAAUUCUCAACCUGUUUACUUAGAAUUAUUCUGUAGCUAUACUAUAGCAAUGCGCAAACAAGGAGGCAUUAUUGUCAUAUUUAUUGGUUUUUGA